CAGCUCAUGGCGAUGGAGGAGAGGAGGAGCUGCUGUUGACGUCUUCUCACUAUUUUAAGUGUGCACCGACUCCUCCCCUGAUAAUUGUCUUACCGUGCCGUGUUGACUGAACCCCCAGCUCCUGCAGUCCAAUGUAGGGAAGAUGUCUUCUGGCCGUCCCAUCAAGUGCGUGGUGGUAGGAGACGGAACAGUGGGCAAGACAUGCAUGCUCAUCUCCUACACCACCGACUCCUUCCCCAAGGAAUACGUGCCCACAGUGUUUGACAAUUAUUCUGCACCAAUGGUAGUGGACAGCAUCCCAGUCAGCUUAGGCUUGUGGGACACUGCCGGCCAGGAGGAUUAUGACAGGCUGCGGCCACUCUCCUACCCACAGACGGAUGUGUUCCUGAUCUGCUUCAGUGUGGUUAGUCCUUCCUCGUGUGAAAAUGUCACCUCUAAGUGGUAUCCAGAGAUCAAACAUCACUGCCCUGAUGCACCAAUUAUUCUCGUGGGCACCAAGAUGGAUCUUCGGGAGGACAAGGAAACACUAGCCCUACUCUCUGACCAGGGCCAGUCUCCAGUGAAGCGGGAGGCUGGCCAGAAGCUAGCCAAUAAGAUCAGAGCAGUGAAGUACAUGGAAUGCUCUGCGCUAACACAACGAGGACUCAAACAGGUAUUUGAUGAAGCCGUGAGAGCAGUGCUUCGGCCCGAGCCAGUCAAGAGAAGACAGCGUAAGUGCUCGGUUCUCUAAAUUCCCGAGUGCUCUUACUGUCUGUCCCCAGUUGUCUCGCUCCCUCUGUCUCACCACUUAUAGUCAAGCAAGCACCAAGUUAGUCUCUGACCCAUGUUACUGAGUCACAGGGAUUUGGUGACCAGAUAUAAAUAUAUAUACAUAUAUAUUUUCUUUAAAACUUUAUAUUGUUUCAUGGAUCUUUGUGCCACCAAAAUUAUCUGGAAAUUUUUUAUCUAAUUUGUGAAAUCUUUACUAAAGUUAUCAGUAGUUAAUUUUGUUUGUUGCUGACUGGGAAAUUACUAACUUCAAAAUGAUAGUAUGUUGAGCUUAAGCUAAGUAAAUAGAGCCAGUUUUUGUGUGCUUGUGUAUACAUGUAUGCAUUCAUACAUGUAGGAAUGUGUGUAUGUCUGUAUCCCUCCAUUGCCCCUUCUCUCCAUUAUGUAACCCAUUCACCUAGGAAAACUAUCAGAGAACAGCGUUUAAUUUAUUUUAUUUUAUUUUUUAUUUUAUUAUAUUUUGUUUAUUUAUUUAUUUUUAUUUUUAUUUAUUAUUAUUUAUUUUUUUUUUUUUUUCCCAGAAGGCAGUAUUAGGGCUGUUCACAUACAGACAAGUUGUUCCCCUGUGGCAGUGACAGGGCACAGAAGCAGCUUUGGUUGUAUGGAUUUUUGUAGUCUUCAGAAGCUCCUUAAAUGUUUGUUUACUUGUACCAGUAUAUUAACAGCUUUAACUUUCAGUAAUGUAGGAAAUUUCCCAAGAUUGUUUACGUCAAACAAUUCAUAACUCAGCUUUAACAAAGGCAGUUCCAAGCUAAUCUGAAACUAAGCAUUUGUAUUCAGUAUUGAUGUUUGUGGAAAUUUUUUCAGUGUUUCUUUGUAAAGUUUGAUCAAGUUUUGCCCAAUCAGACCAAGCCAAGGUUUCCUUAGUGUCUCCCUUUCCCAGUCCCACUCCACCUGUCAUGCUCACAUCCUCCUCCUACAUUGUGUGUGGUCAAAUUGCAUUUAAUUUAUCACCAGAAUACUUGUAGUUGAUAAUAUAUUGCACAUUUUGAUUAA